UCUCCGGCACUCAGUGCGCGCAGCUCGUGCCAGCAGCUGAGAAACUAAUGAGCCGCAAUCGAGACACCUCAUGUCGGACAGUACACGGGGUUUAUACUAACUUUAACACGCGGAUACGGAUCUGACCAAAAAGGGUUGUAGAUAUAGAGGAAAAAGGACAGGACAUUUGUCUUUCGAAAUCUGAAGUGCCCCGGUGCCAGCAGUAUAGGUCAACCCAACCGGAACACUGCAGAACAAUAGAGACCCAACCCAGAGAAUGUCCUAGAGAUGGCUAUCAAAAAGCAAAUAAUCAAGCUCAUUAGCUGCCUUCCUCCAAGACAACCAUCCCUGAAAGGAUUAACAGAAAAAGGAAGUUAGAAGGAGUGAAACAAGAGAGGGGAAAAGGAGAAACUUAUUCCAAGUGAAUGCUGACUGCCAUUUCUGCUGCUUUGUGGUGAGGAGAACAUCUCAUUUGGGAGUGAUUUUGGAUUGCGGGAAAAGGAUUACCCUAUGCCCUGCCCGUUUAUCCAAAUGCCUGUAUAAAUGUAUAAAUAUUCCAUGGAGAUAUUGAUUUGUCCCUUUUCCAAAAGUGCCUAACAAAGAGACAAAAUAUAGCAAAGCCCAGCAUCCAACUCUCCCACUUAAACCUCUCAGAUUGAUACCUCAAUCUUGGAAUGCCUCAAAAACUAUUUUUAUAAGAGUCCUAUAAAUGGAUCCCUGACAGUCCCCAACGUCUAUAUCCUGCGAGUAUUCUAAGAUACAUCAGAUCUUGAAGCUGUAUUGGACUAGUAAUUUCCCAAAGGAUUGCUUUAACCAAGGCCUCUCUUGUAUUUUGUGGUAGGCCAAGGCAGCUGCUGUCCAUUCUGUUUGGAUGCAUUUUUCCAGAAUUCCAAAAUGAAGCCCUUAACACCAAUUGGUUCACCCUCUCCGCUGCGGCUCCUCAACAAGGGGCCAGAUUACCUGCGUAGGCAAAUGGAUGCAGGAAGCAGGGGUCGCUCCAUCAGUGCAGUGGAGCGUCUUGAAGCCGACAAGGCGAAGUAUGUCAAGAGUCAACAGGUCAUCAAUACCAAGCAAGAGCCCGUGUUGGUGCCCUGUGCCACCCCUCCACCCUUGCCCCGUCGCAACUUCACAGUGUCUAGUCCCUCAACUCCUGUUCUACCUCCCCGAAGACCCUCUGUCCCUUUCUCUUCACUGGUUUUCUCAAGAGAUGAGAAUGAGGAUGACUCCAAGAAGGAGAACUGUCAAAACGAGACUGUUGUAGAAACACACAAUCGCAACAAUGCAACUAAGCCACCCGCACCGUCUCAUAGAACCCCAACAACUACACCAUUAGUCGCCCCACACAGUGCGCCAAUAAUGCGUAGGAGCAAUGGCAAACGCAUGCUACGUCCAGACUCCCUGAUCAUAUAUAGACAGAAAAAAGAAUGCAAGAGUCCCAGCAGUUGUGGCAGAAACGUCAACAUGGAGGCCAAGGGCUACAGUUUUGUAAGAAGACUCUUCCAAAGUUCUAUGCGUGAGAAGAGCAAUGGGAGCGACUCAGCUCAAAAAAUGGUGAUAAAUGAGGAAAAGGGGUCCUCCUCUCGAGAUGGGGACUCUCGAAUGUCCUGGUCCAAUGACAAAGACACUGUUGAUGGGGGAAAUGGGACCAGGAGAUCGAGUAGAUCUGAACGCGAGGACUCAAUGGCGGAGCCUCACAAUGACAACACUGGAUUUGUGGAGAAGCAAUCGAAGAACAGCAUGAUUAACUGUGUACGAAACAGUGUGGGUAACUGUAAUAAUAAUGAUAUGGACCCAUGGAAGCCUGUUAUACCUCGAAUGCGGUCCGAUUUGAAACGUUCCAAGUCGGACUUACGACUUCGCUGCUCGCUUGCAAUGUCCGAGCAAGAGCGGUUCUUCGACUUCUGUGGAUUGGACUUUGAUAUGGUGGAAAGGCUUGGACCAGAGAAAUUUCUAGCAGGGGCCAGUUCAGUUGACACACUCUCACUUCUAUUGAGGAGCGUUGGAGGUGGAGGAGGCUCGGAGCCCAGUGAGUUUUCUCGACACUCCGGUGAAGGGCUGUUCCAGGAGGAGCUAACAGAGCAGAUCCCGACAGGUGUGUCCAUUAUUGAGAGAAAUGCGCGUGUUAUAAAGUGGCUCUAUGGUUGCAGGAAUGCAGCCCAGGAAGGCCCCAAAGAGUCCACUGUUUGAUUACCCUGGUAACAGAAACAAAAGACUUUUAUUCUGGACUGUUGCCUGGAGCAGUGUUCCAAUACGACACUUAUGACAGAUUAUGUUGUAUUUAUUUAAUGUGGAAGAAUUGUAUUUAUUCAGCUUUUCACAGCCAGCACAAGCUAAUUUUCUCAUGUUUAAGGUGAAGUGUGUAAAUCCAAACAGAAUUGCAAAAAUUAUGACUUUUUAAUCAGAUUUCAUAAACACUCCCCCUUCUUCCAUUGGCCAAACAGAUAGCCCUGCCCCAAACUCACACUAUUGGUUGAGCCAAUCUUGCUGUGUCGGGCUGGUCAAGAUGCUCAAACAAACAGCCAUUUUUUUUUAUAGCGCCACAGAGUCACAGUGUUUACAGUUUUCAGGGGAAUCAACCUACUAAUAGCAUACUUUAUGUUGUCUCUGCAUAUUAAGCUGGGAUAUGAGAAAGUAUUUUGCCAAUGAAAAAAAUUACACAAUUCACAGUUCAGUCACAGAUAAAGCUGUAUAUUGACAUCUUCAUUACCUACACUGUCUUUGUAGUGAUGUAAUUUCCUGUUUUCUGUAUAUAGAAAAACAUAUAUAAGACCGUCCUGUUACUUUUGUUCAGAAACAUGUGUUAUUUGCUAAACAUAACUGUAAGAAUAUCUCAGUCGAUGAAUAAUUUAAACCUGAAAACCACUAAGCUUUUCUGCGGGGCUGGGAAACUGAUGCAUAAGUACUAAAUGAACCAUGUGUACCUCAUUUCCCGACUGUCCCAGUUUAGUUUGUGUGUUGGCUUUUUUUCCUUAAACGCAGGCGUUGGAACAAACACACAGAGCACCCCUGUGGGGAUAUUAAUGCACUGAAUUGAAAAAAGAAAGAGAGAUGGAGAGAGAGAGAGCUAUAUACUGUACAAAAAACUUAUUUUAAACACUGAGUGAAUGCAAAUGAGUAUGCAGGGCGUUAAGAGCAACCUAAAUGACUUUUAUUUGUCUUAAGCCAAAGAUAUGACUGUAUACUGCUGUACACUGGCUCUGUUCCAAACCUCAGUGAGCUGUCUCACUGUUUACUGUCUAUAGACAGCUGCAUUCUAAGGCAGCAUCCUAACUGAAAUGGAACAUCAUUAGGAUGUGAACUGAAACGCUCUACUGUACACAGGCAGCAAGAAACUGUUAUUAAUCUCUCAGGAACGCCGCACUAGAUACAAAAGAGUCUGACAUUAGCAUGUUGCUAAGCUAACAACUUGAUAGUCUAAUAAAAACAAAGAAAUAAGUGACACAGAAAUAUUGGGUGAAAUAGUCUGCUGUUAAUUAGAUGGACUUAUUUUUCACCAAUACUUUCCAGUUCUGAGUAAACUUUUAAAUAUUGGAUUACAUUUUUUACUGAGAUAGUCAUAGGGAUAGCCUUGGGCGUGAGAUUAGAAGCAAAGUUGCCUUAGAUUUUGGUCCCACAUGUGGUGUCUUCACAACAUAACAACAUAACUUCACUGCCAACAGUUUAGAACAACCUUUGCGUCUAAAAAUGUCUACAUGCAGCAUAGGCAGUCGGCUUAUUAGUGUUUGGAACAGAGACACUGUUUUGUCCCUCAUGGAAAUUCUUAGUUUCAUUCCCAUGUUUAAUUAUUACAUAAAUGGUCUUUAUCUUAAUUAUUGUGAUGAUAAAUAAUGGUCGUUUGCACGUUUGUCUUGAGGAAACUCCUUUGGCGACACAUUCUUCCAUAUGUACUUGAUAAUAACACUUAUGUGUUUCAUUCACAAAAGUAAACAGCUUAGCAAAGUAGGGGACAUAAUGGCAGACAGACACUCCUGAUGUAGAAAACAGUGAUCUGUUCCCAAACUGAAGGAGACCUUUGACAGUUCCUCCCAACUAAACUCAUGAAUCAGUCACUGAUUUCCUUUUGUCGUAAUGAAUCCUGCCUGAUUGGAGGCGUUAAUAAGUCUCUAUGAUCCCACUGAUAAGUGAAGCAGAGGUCCACUGUGGUAUGUACAGGCCAGACUGAGGCUGCAGACAAAGAUGUACAAAUGCGAUACGCAAUCUUUCCAUUAGAAAUUCCUGAACCUUUUUUGUGUGUUGUGAUUUGUGUGUGUGACUCAUCCCCAAUGUCAAAGAAGCAUCAAGUCUUCCAAAGCACCCGAAAUCUCUCUUGCAUGUUUGCAAUCCUGUCGUAAAUGUUUCUAUAAAGAAGACAUUUAGAUUUCAAUCCAAAGAGAUAUUGUACAGAAAAUCCAAAUAAAGUCAUA